CUAUCGUUAAUUUCUCUCGAUCUCUGUGUUAGCGCAUGGCCGCUCAAAGAGGCGACAAUGGCAUCGAUCUAUGGUCAGACGUCGCAGCUGCUGAAGUUGGACAACCUCAAGUUGCCGUAAUUUAUAGAAGACGAAGAUCCGGAAACUCUGGUGUUGAUGUACAAAUAAGCCGAUCAUACAAGGAGAAUCGGCUGAGUUUGGCGCCAAACAAAAGAAUUAGUUGGAAUCGUGCACUUUCGACCAGAGGGAGAACUAGCAUUGCCAUUUCUGCUGAUGCGGAACAUAGGCAUCAACUAAAACAAAAGGAAGCAAAGAAGAAACCUAAACGAGCUCUUCACAAUCGGAAAAUUCCAAAACCUCCUGACUAUGGGAAAGAGCGAGCUUAUUUCAAAGAGGUAGACUCCUUUGAGUUGGUGGAGGAAAGUCCCUCACCUAAAAACUUUGGGACAUGGUCCAUGGGCAUCCAAAGUGAUCAGGUUAUUAUACCAGAUGUGGCCUCAAGAUUAGGAAAAUGGCUAAUCUCAAGGCAGCCAACUCACAGUUGUGGGUCUUCUAGCUCACUGAUUAAGAUAUUGGAAACUCCAGAGGUUCCUAUAGAGUCAACCCAUGGUGAUGUUUCCAAGUCUUCAAAUGAGAAAACCCCUGUUCUGAUUUCUGCACAGAAGAGCAAUAUUGAAGCUCUAGAGAUGGGAGAUGUCAGUUCUGAUGAUUUAGGAAAAGCAAUUACAAAGCUCACUCUGACAUCAGACUCUGCAUCUGUAGAUGGCAAUCACCAAGACUCUUUCUCCAUGCUGCUAAGAUUUUGCAAGCAGUCUUCUCCUUCAACUCUGUUGGAUGUUUUCUCCCUGUAUUGUGACCCCAAUAAUAUAGUUAAGAUUGGUGAAGGAACCUAUGGAGAAGCUUUCAAGGCUGGUGGAACUGUUUGUAAAAUAGUACCAUUUGAUGGAGAUUUAAGAGUGAAUGGCGAAGUUCAAAAGAGAGCGUCGGAAUUGCUUGAGGAGGUGGUACUUUCCCAGACUCUUAAUCAUUUAAGAGGACAUGAUAACAAUGAAUAUAAUGCAUGUACAACCUUCAUAGAAACAAUAGAUUUACGUGUAUGCCAAGGUGCUUAUGAUCCUAUGUUGAUCAGAGCAUGGGAAGACUGGGAUGGGAAGCAUGGCUCAGAAAAUGACCACCCAAAGGAAUUUCCAGAGAACCAGUGUUAUGUUGUGUUUGUUCUAGCUCAUGGAGGUCAGGAUCUAGAAAGCUUUGUACUCUUAAACUUUGAUGAAGCACGGAGUUCAUUUGUUCAGAUUACGGCUGCCUUGGCUGUGGCGGAAGCAGCCUAUGAAUUUGAACAUCGAGAUCUGCACUGGGGGAAUAUUCUUUUAACUCGUAAGAAUGAUGCAAGAGUGCAGUUCACUCUCGAGGGAAGGCCAAUGUUGGCUCAAACAUUUGGAUUGACAUUGUCGAUAAUUGAUUUUACUCUCUCGAGAAUAAACACUGGGGAGUCUAUACUUUUUCUAGAUCUAUCUUCUGACCCGCUACUCUUUGAGGGUCCAAAAGGGGAUAGUCAGUCGGAAACCUAUCGGAAGAUGAAGGAAGUAACAGAUGAAUGUUGGGAGGCCAGCUGUCCGAAGACAAAUGUGUUAUGGUUGCAGUAUUUGGUUGACAUUUUGCUGUUGAAGAAAUCAUAUAAACGAACUUCGAAAGAGGAAAGGGAAUUGCGUUCACUUAAGAAACGUUUGAACUCAUACAGCUCAGCCAGGGAAGCAAUCACUGAUGCCUUCUUUGAGGAGUUGUUUGUCAGUGUUGAUGAGCAGAAAGAGGCUGGAGGGAACAACUAGUUUAUCCAUUCUUAUACAUAGCUCCUGUGAAUAUACUUGCUAAGUUGAGUAUUAUGUUAUUUUAAGUAGCAACUAACAAGCAAAAGAUAUUCAGAAGUUUAAAUUUAUAGCCUUAUAAUUUUGUAUUUUUUAAUGUCUUCU